GGCCAUUAAGCAUAACUAUCCGCAUCCGUACAAAACAUGCGCUCCGCCACCAGAUGAGAGAGAAACCAAACAGGGGGAAAGAGGGUUUCGAAUUCUCCGAGCAGCAAAUCACUCUCCGAUUCAUAUUUCUCUGUGAGGUUCUGCACUAUCCUUGAUGGGUGCUCCUAAGCAAAAAUGGACCCCAGAAGAAGAAGCAGCUCUGAAAGCUGGCGUCCUUAAGCAUGGGGCAGGCAAAUGGCGAACAAUACUUAAAGAUCAAGAAUUUAGUGGUGUCUUGUAUUUACGUUCAAAUGUGGAUCUCAAGGACAAAUGGAGAAACAUGAGUGUAAUGGCAAAUGGAUGGGGCUCUAGAGAGAAGGCUAGGUUAGCCCUUAAAAGGAUGCAACCUCUCCCUAAACAGGAUGAGACCCCUAUUGCUCCUGGUAAAGUAGUGCAAAGUGAUGAAGAAAUUGCUGAUGCUAAGCCUCUUCCAGCUUUUGGUAGUGCCCAGCAGACUGGUGUUCCGAAAAGAUCAAUCGUAAGGGAGGAAUACCUGGAUAUACAUCAACAGCAUAGUCAUCCCAUCUUAUACUUUGAGGUUGAGCAAAAUCUGAAUCACAGAUACACAAUUGGCAGGUUGGACAAUCUUAUCAUGGAGGCUAUUAACAACUUGGAGGAGCCUGGUGGUUCUAAUAAGACUACUAUAGCCACAUACAUAGAGGAACAGUACUGGGCACCUCCAAACUUUAAAAGGUUAUUAUCUGCAAAAUUGAAGUUUUUGACUGCUAAUGGAAAACUGAUUAAGAUGAAACGCAAGUACAGGAUAGGGCCACCGCCUUCAGCAUUAGUGGACAAGAGAAGAAGCCCGUCUAUGUUACUCCUGGAUGGGAGGCCACGGGCUCCUCCGAAAGUUGACAAGGAUGAAAUCACCGUGUUAACUAAAGCUCAGAUUGAUUUGGAGUUGGCGAAGAUGAGGAAUAUGACUCCAGAAGAGGCUGCUGCAGCUGCCGCACAAGCAGUUGCAGAGGCCGAAGCUGCCAUAGCUGAGGCUGAAGAGGCAGCAAGGGAGGCAGAAGCAGCCGAAGCUGAUGCUGAAGCAGCACAAGCUUUUGCCGAGGCGGCAAUGAAGACACUCAAGGGAAGAAACCCACAGGGGAUGAUGGCACGUGCUUGAGCGAAGCUCAGAGAUGAAUGAAGAGAAAGUAGAGUUUUGCUUUGGGAAGUAGUAGGACUGACUGACUGCCAAUUUAGUUGUAAAUAUUCCAAGAUUUCUCACGCUGAGGCUGGUGAAGUUGAGGGUUUUCUUAGUGUAUCCUGUUCCUGUAUUGGUAGUUCAUCUGUUGCAAUUUAUUAUUAUUAUUAUUAUUUUU